UUGAGUUUCUCCAGCAAUGUCUGCUUUUCUUUCAGCUUGUCGGCUUCUGUAGUUUGUUCUUUUACAUUAAAGAAACAGUUGGCUGUUGUUCUAAUAUUUGCUCUGUUCUUAGUGUUGUAAAAAGAAAUUUUAGAUGGAAGAUUGUGGUUCAUGCUGCAGGCCUUCUGCUGGAACUGCAACCUGGAGGCCUUGGCCGAUUCUAGCGGUGACCAACAAAGAGAUCAUUGCCGGGUUACUCACCAGUUGACGGUUUGGCUCAGUUUUGACAGCUGCUAGUCCAGUGAAAGGGAUGGCAGAUCAGCACCUUUCUCAGCCCUACUGUUAAUGCUGAUUGUCACUGAGGUUGUGUAAGUGGGCGGAAAGUGAGGGAGGCAGUCCUUAGAUGUCAGGGAGAGCCCAGGUGAAAAAGAGAACUGGCCCAUGUCACAUAGCUUUGCAAUGUGUAGGUGGUAAACUCCCUCCCUGCCAUUUUCCUAAUCCUCCCACCUCCAAUUUAAUUGUCAGCGAAUGAUUGGCCAUGCAUUAACACACAGUCUUUAAUGGAAUAUUUCUUUUCCAAACAUUGGACUGUGCACUGCCGGUAAAUAUAUUGAAAAACUUGACUCUCUAACUCUGUUUGCAGUGUUAUUACAUGUCCCACCUCCCCGCAUCGCCCAAAAAAAUCCAGACCAUUGUGCUUUGAGAACUUGUGUGAAAGUUGAAAUCCCUUCUUCCUUGCAACUCCCCCAGCUCCUCUUCCAGACUCAACUCCUGUCACUUGCAAACCACCUGUUAGAGCUUGGAAGGGAAAAACAAAUCUCGAUCUAUUGUAGUUACAUACAUCAGAAAUGUUGCCUGUUUAACAAAUCCAGUUGAAUAGGACUUGAAAACUUGAGAGGGCUUGUCAUCUGAAGAGUGGUUGAGGGUUUUGGUUCUGUUUAGGAUGGAGUUUAGAAGGAUGGGAGGGAAUUUUAUUGGCACUUACAGAAUACUGAGAGGCCUGGAAGGAUUGUACAUGGAACAGAGAAGAUGUUUCCACUAGGAGGAGAGAUUAGGACAUGCGGGCACAGUCGCGGAGUGAAGAGGCCAACCUUUCGAACUAAGGUAAGAAAGAAUUUCUUCAGACAGGGAGUGGUUAAUCUGAGGAAAACAUUGCAGGAAGCCGACGUCAUUCGGACUAUUUAAGAUAGAGAGAGAGAUGGGUUCUUGAUUAAUAAGGGGAUCAAGGCUUUCAGAAGAAGGCUGGCGAUUGGGCUUCAGAAACAUCACAGCCAGAAUUGAAUGGCAAAGCAGACUGAGGAGGUCGAAUGAGCUAAUUCUGCCCCUAUAUCUUAUGGUCUUAUGGAUUUGACACUAAAUAUUUCAUUGGUCCUUUUGUGAUGAAGCCACUUCUGGGUGCAAGUGUUUUUUUAAAAUGUCUUUAGUUUUUGCCUUAUAUAGUCAGGAAGGCAAAUGUAAUGUUGGCAUUUAUUGUGAAAAGAUAUGAAUCUAAAAACAGGGCUGUACCUCUGAGGCUUUAUAAGGCUCUGGUCUGGCCGUACUUGGAGUACUGCGUGCAGACUUGGGCCCAUAUCUCAGGAAGGAUGUACUGUCCCUGGAACGUGUUCAGAGGAGGUUCACGAGAAUGGUCCAAGGAAUGGAAACCUUAAAAUAUGAGGAACGGUUGAUGACUCUGAGACUAUACUCAUUUGGAGUUUAGAAGGAUGAGGGGUGAUCUAAUUGAAACUUUCAGAACACUGAAUGGCCUCGACAGAAUGGUUGUUGGGAAGAUGCUUCCAUUGGUAGGAGAGACGAGGCUCCGAGGGCACAGCCUUAGAAUGAAGACAAGACCUUUUAAAUUGGAGAUUUGCAGAAACUUCUUCAGCCAGAGAGUUUUAAAUCUGUGAAAUUCACUGCCACAGAAUGCUGUGGAGGCCAGGAAAUUUAAAACUGAGACAGAUAGGUGCCUGAUUAUCAAGGGGAUCAAGGGCUAUGGGGAGAAAGCAGGAGAAUGGGGUUGAGGAACUUAUCAGCCAUGACUAAAUGGCAGAACAGACUCAAUGGGCCGAAUGGCCUAAUUUCUGCACCUAUGUCUUACGGUUUUGUGGUCUUAAAUAAUUGCAGGUCUAAAACCUUUGACAGCCCAAACUCUGAGAAAGAUGAAGAACCAAGUUCACCAAAAGAGACAGCAACAAUUUCAAAUUCUGGAAAUGUUGACAGUGCAAAUGGUGAGGAAAAUGGAAGUUGUGUUUCUUCAGGAUCCAGCGAAAUAAUUGCUGACUGUGAAAGUGUUGAGUCCAAACACUGUCCGAAUUCUGAUGAAAUUCAGAAUUUAAGUUCACCGGAGAAGGGAGCGACAGUCAAGAAAAGCAUAGACUUCAACAGAUCAAGCUUUCUAGAAGAAUAUAAUUUCAGUCCUGCAGAAAAGGAAACACUAAUGAAAAUUGCUAUACCUGAAAUUCUUGAAAUCUGGCUGGAGGAGUCUGCCGAAGACUUUCGUCAAGUUCCAACUUACUCUUGUCUCCGGAAGGUACUUUCCUACUUGAACCAGACAGUGCCAGGGUCAGAUGCUGAAGAACGGGCCCAGAAACUCCUGAGUCGUUUUUUGGCGGAGGAAGCAGCGGAGAAAGAGAUGUUCAAAGGCUACCGUAGAAGAGUCAGAUUCUGUGUGGGAGAAGAACACGACCAAACCAUCGAACAAGUUGACGAAAAGCUCCUGUCCUACCCAUCACGCUUCAUUGCAGAGCAGCUGACUUUUAUGGAUGCUGAUCUUUUUCGGAAACUUGUGCCCAGCCAAUGUUUAGGGUCCAUCUGGUCUCAACGAGGGAAGGAAGAAAAACACCAUCUGGUAUCAACCGUCCAGGCCACCAUUACACAGUUCAAUAAUGUUACAAAAUGUGUCACCAGCACCAUAUUAAGACCUCAACAGCUGAAACCACGGCAGACGGCUAAAAUCAUUGAGAAAUGGAUUGAUGUUGCCCAGGAAUGUCGGAUCUUGCAGAAUUUCUCGUCAGCGCAUGCAAUUACUACGGCAUUGCAAUCAAAUAGUGUGUUCAAUUUGAAGAAGACUUGGGCAGCCGUGUCAAAGAGCAGUAAGAUAACAUUUGAAGACCUUUCAAACAAUGAAGAAGAUAACUUUAUAGCAAGUAGAGAGCUGCUAAUGGUGGAUAUAGUUCAGGGAAUUGUGCCGUACCUGGGAACUUUCUUAACAGAGUUUUCAGUGCUGGAUUCAGCUUUCCCUAAUUACCAUUCAAAUGGCUGGAUCAACUUUGACAAGAGACAAAAACUCCUCUGAACUCGAGAAACCGCCAAAGCCCAAAAAGAGUGUGUUGAAGCGCCUCAGCUGCCUGUUUUCAAGGAGAGGUGUUAAAGUACACAGCGCUCCAACUAAAAGCUCUGAGCAGCC